AGACUGCACUCUGGGGUUACUCGAGUCCUGUUGAUUGACUCCAGCAGAUGUGAGGCUUGCGCCGCUGAGCGAGGACGAGACGCUACCGCAGGCAUGCCACUGGCACGCAGUUUGUCGGUCACCUCCCUGUCCGGCCUUGAGGAAUGGGACGAAGAGUUCGAUCGGGAGGAUGCAGUCCUGUUUGAGAUCGCAUGGGAGGUAGCUAAUAAAGUUGGUGGCAUUUACACAGUGAUCCAGACCAAGGCACGUCUGACCUGCGAGGAAUGGGGUGAGAACUACUUUCUGGUGGGCCCGUAUAUGGAGUCCAGUGUCAGGACGCAAGUGGAGCUGAUCGAACCCUGCAAUGCGGCACUCAGGAGAACCAUUGAUAAAAUGAACAGCAGUGGGUGCAAGGUAUAUUUUGGUCGAUGGCUGAUUGAAGGCUCUCCAUAUGUGAUUCUGCUAGAUGUGGGCUUCACGGCCUGGUCUCUGGACCGCUGGAAGGCUGAACUCUGGGAGAAUUGCAGUAUUGGUGUGCCCUGGUUCGAUAGAGAGGCUAACGACGCCAUUCUCUUUGGCUUCCUCACCGCAUGGCUACUGGGAGAGUUUGCAGCUCAGUGUGACGAACCUCCUCACAUCGUAGCUCAUUUUCACGAGUGGCUGGCAGGUUUGGGGCUCGUCUUAUGCAGGCAGCGUCAGUUACCUGUAGCCACCAUCUUCACCACACAUGCCACACUGCUUGGCCGAUACCUGUGUGCCGGGAAUGUUGACUUCUACAACAACCUUGCUCAGUUUAAUUUGGAUAAAGAGGCAGGUGACAGGCAGAUCUAUCACCGGUACUGUCUGGAGCGCGCAGCGGUGCGCUGUGCACACGUCUUCACCACCGUCUCUCAGAUCACCGCCGUCGAGGCCGAGCACUUACUGAAGCGGAAACCAGAUAUUGUGACUCCGAACGGCCUGAACGUGAAGAAGUUCUCAGCCAUGCACGAGUUCCAGAACCUCCACGCUCAGAGUAAAGCGCGCAUCCAGGAGUUUGUCAGAGGCCAUUUCUACGGGCAUUUAGAUUUUAACCUUGACAAGACAGUGUUUCUCUUCAUUGCUGGACGCUAUGAAUUCUCAAAUAAAGGAGCCGAUAUAUUUCUUGAGGCAUUGGCCAGACUUAAUUACCUGCUGAGGGUGAAUCACAGCAACGUGACCGUAAUAGCAUUCUUCAUCAUGCCUGCUCGUACCAACAACUUCAACGUGGAGACCCUGAAGGGCCAAGCCGUACGGAAACAGCUCUGGGACACUGCUCAUACUGUGAAGGAGCGCUUUGGGAAGAAACUCUACGAAUCACUUUUAGUAGGGAAGCUGCCUGAUGUGUCUAAGAUGUUAGAUAAAGAGGACUUCACCAUGAUGAAACGUGCCAUCUUCGCCACCCAGCGCCAGUGCCUGCCCCCCGUCUGCAGUCACAACAUGCUGGAGGACAGCAGUGACCCCAUCCUCAACUGCAUCCGCCGUAUCGGCCUCUUUAACACCGCUCAGGACAGAGUCAAGGUGGUCUUCCAUCCAGAGUUUCUCUCCUCCACUUCUCCUCUCCUGCCGAUGGACUACGAGGAGUUUGUGAGAGGCUGCCAUCUUGGAGUAUUUCCAUCCUACUAUGAGCCCUGGGGAUACACACCAGCUGAGUGUACAGUGAUGGGUAUCCCGUCGGUCUCCACUAACCUGUCUGGGUUUGGCUGUUUCAUGGAGGAGCACAUUGCUGACCCGUCAGCUUAUGGUAUCUAUAUUCUGGAUCGGCGGUACCGUGGGGUGGAUGAGUCCUGCAAUCAGCUGACGUCUUUCCUGUUUCAGUUCUGUCAGCAGAGCCGCAGGAAGAGGAUCAUUCAGAGGAACCGAACAGAGCGCCUCAGUGACCUGCUAGAUUGGAGAUAUUUGGGCAGGUAUUACGUAUCUGCCCGUCAUAUGGCUUUAGCGAAAGCUUUCCCGGACACAUUCAUCUAUGAGCCUCAAGAACCUACUUCGGCCACAGGCUUCCGUUACCCACGGCCCGCCUCAGUGCCCCCGUCUCCCGCCCACUCGCUUCACUCGUCUCCUCAUCACAGUGAGGCUGAGGAAGAAGAGGAACCAUAUGAUGAAGAUCUGGAGGCAGAGAAAGAUCGGGUCAACAUCCGCCAACCUUUAAUCAUGCCGAACCGGAACAAGAAUCAGACAGUUGAUCUUCCUGAGAAAAACUAAAACACACCCAUACAUGCAUACCCUACACACUCUGUAGCUUAUACUAUAAGGCACUUACAUACACUGUGACACACACACACACACACACACACACACAUACAUACGCAUUAACAAUCCCAUAAAAGUGAAAGUAAAGCCUGCAAACAGUAUGUCUGUCUGCAUGUUGGUAUUCUGAAGAGAAAUAAAUAAGAUAUUUAAGUAUUUGGUGAGCCAUAUGUGAUUAAGACUUUCUGUUGAAAGAUUUCUCUGGUGUCUUUCAUAGGAAGCCUAGGAAAAAAAAACAACAACAGAGGGCAAAAUAUUAAAUAGUAGCUAGAGCUAUGCAUAUGACAAUUCAUAUGGAUUCAUACCAAAUUCUCAUCUAGCUGUUUGCCACUGACGUUCAGUUAAACGAAAAUACAAAUAAAUGUGAAAUGAUCAAAAUAAACGUUACAACAAUCUUUUUAAAGAGCCCCUAUUAUGGAUUUUUGAAAAUGACCUUUCAUGCAGUGUGUAGCAGCUCUGAGUGAAUGAAAACAUCCUGCAAAGUUUUAAAUCUGAAAGUGCUCCGUAUAUAAAGUUAUUGUCUCUCAUAAGAAAGAGUCGACUCUGAAUCAUUGAAACGAGUCGUUUUUAAAACUAAUCCCAAGCCGUUUAGUGUAGAUGUCAACAUGAAACAUUAGCAUAAAGCUGCACACUUGUUGGUCUUUUCACGUUUGUCUGAAUGAAAAUGCUAAUUCAUUUUUUGCCACUAGAUGCUCUUUUGAAGCAGUAAAAAUAGCGUUUUCCCCGGUGACACUGUACACAAAGCAGCACUGCGCUCACAAACGCUGCUUAUCAGGCAUUACAGGCUCAUGAUGAAAUGAAAAUGAGACCAAUCGACCAAUCAUUGCAGAUUACCUUCAUGCAAAGGAGGGGUUUGGAAAUAUGAAUCGUUUGGGAAUAUUUGAGCAAAUAAGUUACAAAUAAAUACUUUUAUUGUCUUAUAAUAUGCGUCUUUUGACCUUGCAUGCAUGUCAACCUGUGGUUGGGGACUCCCAAAACAAAAAUAUGAACCUUUCAUUAACCAAAAUAGGGGCACUUUAAGUAGACCUUUAUUAGAAACUCUUUAAAAUAAUAGUUUAAGAAAAAAAUAAUUAUUUAUGUACUCUUUAAAAGAGCUGUGUGACUUUAUUCCAUGGAACACAAAAGAAAAGGUUUUGAAGAACGUUCAUGUGUAUAUAUAUAUACGAAAAUAACACAGUGGGUGCUCAUGGUCAAAAACAUUCUGAUACGGAUAUCAUACAAAUAGUCUUCAAAACUGACACUUUAGGUCUUCUAAAGUCCUACAGUAUCUUUAUAUAAAGGACAGACCUAAAUUUAAGCCGUUGCCUUUAAAUCAUGUUUUGACAGUCAGUAAUUCUUCAUUUUCACUGUGCUAAACUUUUUCUUUGUGUGUUUCAUAAAAGCAAGAAAUCGAAACAUCUUUUUAAAAGACUUUGGAUUGCAUAAAUGUACUGUUAUGAAAACAUUCUUACAGUUCUUUACUCACGGGCAGAUUUCCCUUCACAGUAUUAUGUACUCUCACAAAUAUGGUGACUAACCAGCAAUUUUCAAGGGUUAUUUUUUAAAAAAACAGUGUAAAUUAAAUGACAAGCAAUUGAUGUAGCUAAAGCAAACCAGCCAAACUAAUACACUGGAACAUCAUUGUUACUGUAAUACACAAGUAUAAACCAGCACUGUUAGAGUUUGUCAUGUCUAUCACAGCUGUAAAACUGAAAUUAAAGUCUACGACAUUAUUACUA